UUUGUAAAAAACGACGGUUUUUGAAAAUACUUUUUAGCCAAUAAGUUUCUGAAGUUCUGAAUACUACAAAAAUAUUUUAAGAUCUAAUAUGAAAACCUUGACGACGUUGAAGGAAAUAACACGAUAAUUUGAAUUCAAAGUACAUGAACGCUUUCGUCCGGUGGCAGCACCUGCCGAGGACACCGUUCGACGAUUCUGUGCUACAUCUGUCGGCGGUAAGUUGAAGCAAGAGCCGUUUGGUGCAGUACAGUAGCUCUCUCGCUUCGUGGAGCGGCACUUCGUCAUUUUCGCAUCCGUGCGAAAUCCCAAACGAACUCGCGAGCGGAGAGAGCCGCGUCGCCAUCUUUAGGAACGGUACCGACUGUCUCCGCUACCCGCCGCCUGCUUCGGUUUUAACAGCUUCAAAAGUCAAUCCGCGAAUACGGUAAAACAUUUAGUGUGUUCAGUGCGAGGUACCGCGUACAUUGUUUCUUGUCGUGCGAAGACGCAAUGCACGAUUGUUCGCGAUGUUCAUUUAACACGUCCAAGUCGAAAGUUUAGUGUGGUGAGUGCCGUGUACGGUACAGCAGACGACAGUUUCGCUAGCUGUCCGAAGGGUUGAGAGCGAUCGAACACCGACAUUCUCUCGCCCUUCUCCGAAACCAUCAUCCACCGAUCAGUGUUUCAGUGUGUCGAACGGAAUACGUUAACGGGAGUGCGUACGAGUUCAAGUAGAAAUAAAAAGAGAAGGAUAAGAAAAGGAAAGAAAGACUGAGACGGCUCUAGUGGACGGCAACGACGGGCUAGUACAAUUGACAGGGAAGAUGGCGCGAGGUGCGGACGAGAAUUAAUGCUGACCCAUUUUUCCGCGCGAAAUCGCUUUUGUCGUGCGAUCAAGGGACCACCUAAACAUUCGAUCAGUUGGUUCCUGUUACGUGAACCUAUCUGAAAACGAAAUUAAAAGAGAAACGAAAGAGGUAAUCUAACGUACGGUGCGCGUGUGUGCCCCGUUCUCGCGUAAGUGUUAGUGCCCUCUUGCAGAGUGUGUAUAUAGGUCCCUCGUAGGGCUAACAUUGACAGAUUGUAGGUCAUCAGAGAAAGAUCAAAGUACACAUACGUAGAACACGUAGCAAAAAUUCUGAGGAGGCCGGAGUUCGGCGGGGCCUCAGGCUCGGCUACGGUACAGGAUAAACGAAAACGAAGACGCAGUCUUCUGGAACUUCUUGAGCUGCGUAGAGCCCUGGCCGGCUCGGGUACCAGCGCGGCUGCUAAGAUGGGCAACAAUGCCGCAACCGCGAACAAAAAGGUUGACGCUGCCGAGAGCGUCAAGGAGUUUCUUGACAAGGCGAAGAAAGAGUUCGAGGACAAGUGGAAGAAGAACCCGACGAACACGGCUGGUCUCGAUGACUUCGAACGGAUCAAGACCCUGGGCACCGGCUCGUUCGGUCGUGUCAUGAUAGUUCAACACAAACCGACCAAAGAAUAUUACGCCAUGAAGAUCCUCGACAAACAGAAAGUCGUGAAACUUAAGCAGGUCGAGCACACGCUGAACGAGAAAAGGAUACUGCAAGCGAUCAGCUUCCCGUUUCUGGUCUCGUUGCGGUUUCACUUCAAGGAUAACUCGUACCUUUACAUGGUUCUCGAAUACGUGCCAGGAGGUGAGAUGUUUAGUCAUCUGAGAAAGGUUGGUCGUUUCUCUGAACCUCACUCGCGCUUUUACGCGGCACAAAUCGUACUAGCGUUCGAAUACCUCCACUACCUCGACUUAAUCUAUAGGGACCUGAAACCGGAGAAUCUGUUGAUCGAUUCCCAGGGUUACCUGAAAGUUACCGAUUUCGGUUUCGCCAAGAGGGUACAGGGCAGAACAUGGACCUUAUGCGGCACACCUGAAUACCUGGCACCGGAGAUAAUUCUCAGCAAAGGUUAUAAUAAGGCUGUUGAUUGGUGGGCGCUAGGCGUGCUAGUUUACGAGAUGGCCGCCGGUUAUCCGCCAUUUUUCGCUGAUCAACCGAUACAGAUCUACGAGAAAAUCGUGAACGGUAAACCACGGUUUCCUUCUCAUUUCGGUUCCGACUUGAAAGACUUGCUGCGUAAUUUAUUGCAAGUCGACUUGACCAAGAGGUACGGCAAUCUGAAGGCCGGCGUGAACGAUAUCAAGGGUCACAAGUGGUUCGCCAGUACCGAUUGGAUAGCAGUCUUCCAAAAGAAAAUAGAAGCGCCGUUUAUACCGAAGUGCAAAGGUCCUGGAGACACGAGCAACUUCGACGACUACGAGGAGGAGACGCUCAGGAUUUCGUUGACGGAGAAGUGCGCCAAGGAAUUCGCCGAAUUUUGAAGUUCCACUGAUGGUAGAGAAGAUGAUGGAUACACGUGUCGCGUAUUUAUUCAUACGCGAUGGUUCAACGCUUUGUAUUGAGCGAGAAAGAUAGACCGAAGUAAGAGGGAAUAUAUCUGAGAAAGAAUUAACGUAAGAAAGAAGAGUGUACGUAUGCAAGAGGAGGGAAGAGUGUGCGUGUGUGUGUGUAUGGGGUAAUAAGUUCUAUACGAGAAAGGACACAGAGUAUAUCGGGAGCUUAACAUGUAGUACAUGGCAGAAAGAUUACGGCGUCGCUGAAAGUAGGGAGAGAAAGACAGAUAUAUAAUAUAUUCAGAGAAACUACAUUUCGGUUGUUGGGCAUAAAUAUCGUACACACACACACAUACGGUCGUGUGCAACUUAGGCUUCUUUUAGUUAGAAAGAAGUUUCCCACCACCCGCCAUGUUAGUCCAUAUCCCUUAUGCGCGGAGUCUGGAGGUUCUAGGUUAGGCUCUCCUAGUUCUCCUGGUACUCCUUGGCUUUUCCUGAUACACCCCAACUUUCCUGAAUUCUCCUACCUCUCUCCGAGUUCUGGUGGUCCUCUGUGAGCUCUGUCGACUUUCUGGCCUUUUUGCCAUUCUUAGCUUUCCCUAGGAUCAUCCAGGAUUUUUCUUAGAUCGUUUAAAUUCUCUCUAGCUCUCCCUGGAUUUUCUGGGUUUCGCUCUCGGAUUCUUUCACUAUUCUCUCCUUGGAACUAUCCUCAGCUUCUCCGAGCCUUUUAAGAUUCUCCCUGGCUCUUCCUAGAAUCUCUCUGAAUUCUCUCUGGAUCCUCUCCAAAUUGAAGGCAAUUGGUGGGAGGCUCCUUCCUUCAUACUUAACCAAAAGAAGUCCACGCUGCACUCGAGUGUACAUACACCUAUCAAUACCACUUUUACAAGAGAAAAUUCGUUUUUUUUCUUUUUUUUUUCUAAAUCAAGUAACUGAUAUAUCGACGUGUUGAGAAUGACGAUAUUAAUAUAUACGUAUAUGUGUGUAUUCCCUAAAAAUGGCUUUAUCAUCCGGUUUAAAGGAGGAGGCGCGUGUAAAGUUUAGCUGUCGGCAAUUAUUAUUAAACGACCGAAAUUAUUUUGUACAUAAUAGCGUGUCGCCACACCUAUGUGAAUGUUCUAUACGGGCCCCUCUGCCUCUUUUUAGCACGUACGUUAUACAUAAAGAUUCAAGUCGGAAGAAGGAGAAAGAGAGAAAGAGGAGAGGGAGGAGUAGGAGGUAUUAUACACCAACUGAUCAAUUGUCUCAUGUCGUGCAUUGUUGUCUAUUUGUCGUACGAGCAUCUUCUUCAUUCUCGUUGAGAACAAUUUUGCCACCGAUAUCCGCGGAUCCGUAUAUUUAAAUAAAUAGCUAGUCGUCACACGAUUAUUACGCUGGAAUAAUAUUUAUAUACGACUCGUUUUUCUUUUUCUUUUUCAUCGAUCGUUCGCUGUGGACAACACCAGAGAGAAAGAGAGAGAGAGAGAGAGCGAGAGAAAGUGUGAGAGAGAAAGAUCUUUAUUAUAGUAUAUUGUGAAUCUUAUUUAAAAAAAAAAGAAAAAAGGAAAAAAAUACUCGUUAUAUACUGGCUGCAGAUGCUCGUUGUUGAAUUAUUGUACCUUAAGUAAAUGAUAGGAAGAAAGAAAUGGAGAGAAUGAGAGAGCGAGAGCGUAAAUAGGAGUAUUUAUGAAAAUACGAUCGACGGAGUACGAAGAAAAAUAUAAAAGGAUUCAUUUUUGGAACGUUUUUAAUAGAGGACCACCGGCGUUCGUACAUAGAUACAUUAGCCUGCACUUUUAGUACGGAAUGUAAACAUAUACGGACAAUCCUGAUCGUGCAAGGGGAACGGUGCGAGAAACAGGCCAAAAGGAGAAACGAAAUCUUUCUGUUGAAACGUACCGAUAUAAACACUGAGAUCGUGAGGGAACCGUUCGAACGAAAACAAAAACACUUACACAGAGACGAACAGUACAGCAACAGCAGCGGUAGCAGCAACAACGGAUAUCGCUGGAAACCCGUGUUAGUUCAAUUUUUCUUUUUCCAUAGCCAUUAUAUAACUAACAAUCCAUGGUUGCACGCUCGUCGAGAUUACUAUCAAACAAAUACACGCUGUAGCCUUCCUUAACACAUUCGAUCUCGCACGUACUUUUACGCUCGAGCGAUUUCGCUGUGUAAUAUUAUACGGUUGGGUCCGAGAGUGUUCAGGAAAAAGAUAAUGUACGGGAAGGAGACUUACGCCACUCGAUUUGAUACUCGAGAGUUACCACUCGUUAUGCUUGCUUUACAUGAAACAACUUAUUUUAGUGUUCAUUUCAGUCGAGUCAUUUAGUAAUGAAUGAGUGAUUUUCGAGUAUUAACACUGCUAUGGCGGUCAUGAAUGGUGCAGGUUCUUUCCCCUAUAUCACCUUCUUUCCUGAGGAAGGCUAACUCGACGCUUAGGCUUCCUUUCAUAAAAAGAUGUAGGAGAGGUCAUCUACUUUGUCCAUUUUUUUCUGUGCGAAGAUAGAAGGAACUUUAUGGUUUCGAUUUUGAGAGAAUAUUCUUCUGUCUUCGCACAUAAAAUGAGGAAUAUCGGUUAGGAUCCUCCGUUGCACUAAAUUAAAGGAAGCCUACAUAGAUAUCGCCCUCCUUAUAAUUCCAAUCGACACCAAACAGGGAUAUCUCUGAUUUGUGUGUGGUUGAAUUGUUGGCCAGUGAUCGUUAAGAGUACCAGUAAAGUUGAUUUAGAUGGCUUGGUCAUGGUUUCAGUGGACCAGCUGAUCGUCGAACGAGUGAAAGAAAAGGAAUGAACGAGAAAGAGAGUGAAAGGAGAGAGUGAAAGAGGGGGAUUACAUCUAUGGUUGCGGUAACACUGGUGGCCGACUACUGUGGUUUCCAUUUUCGUCCUCCUUCCAAAUCGGACAAGACUUAACGAUCGAAGUUGCAGCAGAAAGAAAAAGCUGAGCGAGUGGGAGAGAGAGAGAGAGAGAAAG